AUGCGUUCACCGGUCCAUUCACUGCUCUUCUGCUUGGGUCUGUUUGUCCUGCUCGCCGAGGCGUCCCCUGUUCGGCCCGACACUCGGAAUACGGUCCAGAAACGCUCCUUCCUCGUCCCGCGUGUCAAGAACGAGAACUUCCAAGGGCACAAUGGGCCCCGUCAGCUUCUGAGAGCCUACCGCAAGUACAGCAUGCCUGUGCCGCAGGGCCUCGAGGAGACUGUUGCUCGACAGACGGCACAAGCCAAGCUCAAGGCUCGCCGGGGCAACGGCACGGGGGGGGUCAAGGCUACUCCUAUCCGCAACGAUGUUGAAUAUGUCUCGCCCAUCAAGAUUGGCGGCCAGACGGUUACUGUCGACUUUGAUACCGGGUCUUCUGACCUCUGGGUCUUCACCUCCCAACUCGGCAGACAGGCACAGGCUGGUCACGAAAUUUACAACCCUGCCCGGAGUAAAACAUUUUCCAUGCUUCGCGGAAACAACUUUGAUAUUUCAUAUGGCGACGGAUCUGGAGCCGCGGGCAACGUCGGCACGGACGUUGUCGAUAUUGGGGGCGCCACGGUCACGCGGCAGGCUAUUGAGAUGGCGACAGCCCUGUCCGCCUCCUUUGUCGAGGAUACCGCGAACAAUGGCCUCAUGGGCCUCGCUUUUUCCAAACUUAACACAGUCAAGCCUCAGAAGCAAAAGACCUUCUUCGACAACGUUAUGCCGAGCCUCGCCGAGCCCGUUUUUACCGCUGACCUGAAGAAGGCCGCCGUCGGUGCGUACGAGUUUGGCCGUGUCGACCCCGCCAAAUUUGUUGGUCAGAUGACGUACGUUCCGGUCAACACUUCAAACGGCUUCUGGCAGUUUCCGAGCGAAAGCUUCUCGGUCGAUGGUGGCGCCCCUCAGCCCGGCCAGGCCGGUGGCCAGGCCAUCGCUGACACGGGCACAACCAUCAUCCUCGCCAAUCCCGUCACCGUCGAGGGCUACUACGCAGCAGUUCCCGGCGCCGUCAACGACCAGCAGCAGGGUGGUUUCACGUUCCCUUGUGCGACGCAGCUGCCUGACCUGGCACUGGACAUUGGCGGACUGUACAUGGCGCGCGUCAAGGGGAGCGACAUCAACUUCGCCCAAGUCAGCGACACGAUGUGUUUCGGUGCUCUUCAGGCGACCACUUCGGACGUUCAGAUUUACGGCGACGUCAUGUUCAAGACGCAGUUUGUGGCCUUCAAUGGCGGCAACAACUCUCUCGGUUUCGCCGAGCACGCAGACGGUCAAGGCCGGCCCACGCAGCUGGGUAAGCAGCAGCAGCAAAAACAGGGGACGGGCGAAACGCAGCCCCUACGAGGGUGA